ACCUAUGCAUGGAUUUAUACUAAAUGCUCCUACUAGAAAUGAAAAUUUUUUAUCAUCACCAUAUUCAAUUUUUAGUGCUGGAGAAGGACGAAAAUGGGUAGAAUUAACAGUGGGAGAAUUUAAAAUUUGGUUGGCAAUAUUAAUAUAUGCUGGUAUUUUUAAAUUUCCUAGUAUUAGAGAUUAUUGGGUUACGAAUAAUAAAUUUCCAGAACAUAAGAUAACAAAUUUUAUGACCAUACUUCAUUUUGAACAAAUUAAACGUCAUGUUCAAAUGAUAUCUAAAUCGAUCUGUAUUCCAUCAUCUAACAUAUCAAUCGAUGAAAUGAUCACAAGAUUUUCAGGUCGAAGCAUGCAUACGGUUAGAAUUAAAAACAAGCCUACAUCGGAAGGGUACAAAAUUCUCUCCCUUUGUAAUUCAGGUUAUACGUAUUCCUUUAUUUUUACUUUGCAUAUUCAUAAUCAUCCAGAAGUAAAACAAAUUGCGAAUCUGAAUAAAGUUGGAAAUAAUGUUUAUCACCUUGUUUCUCAAUUACCUUUAAAUAAAUCUUUCAAUAUAUAUAUGGAUAAUUUUUUUUCAUCUAUUAACCUCUUUCGACAUAUGCGCAAUAAUAAUUUUGGCACAUACGGAACAGUUAAAAAAAAUAGUGCACAUUUCCCUAAAAUACUUAAAAUAGAUAAAAAGUUAGAUUGGGAUACAUUAUCCGGAGUAGUAGUUGAUGAUGUUUUUGCUGUUUUGUGGAUGGACAACGGUCCAGUAACCAUGCUGACCACCAUUCAUGAAAUUACUGGAAAUGAAAAUAGAGUUGAAAGAAUUCGACAUCGACCCCAAGAAUCUAGCACCAAUGCUACAAAAGUAUGUGCAGUUUUUGGAACUGCUAGUAAAAAAGCUUUGCCAAUACCUUGUAUAAUUGAUGACUACAACCACCACAUGAAUGGAGUAGACAAAGCCGAUCAACUUCACGGAUAUUAUGCCAUCCAAUUACCAGUAGAAGAAUUAACAUAUCAAUUUGAAAAUAUUAGUGUUAAUCUUCCAAAAACACAGUAUGUGACAAGUAAUUUCGAACUCUUCUUAUUAAGGCUAUCUCCAGAUGGACAUUUACCUGAAUGA